GCCUACUUGGGAAAACAAUUAACUCUUCAAGUAUAAAUAUUAAAACGUACGAUAUUCUCAGGCAUUCAGUAUAUAAGCUUUGAUAAAAAGAUGUUUACAUUAUGAGUGCGGCUUAUACAAUUUAAACAAAUUAUCAUUUCUUAUUACUGAAGUACAUAUACAAUGGUUUGUAAUCAAACACAACAUUUGAGGAUCUAUUAGUGGCACACAGUAACCUUGCGCCAAAUACAAAAAAUAACUUCAAACGCACAAGUCACUGUUUGUCAAGCUAAUCAUUCAUUAGUAUGUUGAUCAUGCUCUAAUCAUAUUUUUUUUUCGCUGUAUCACCAUACGUUUCGGUAUGGCUAUGAGUUUGCAUGUUAUCCACUGUCUUUGUUUCAUUACUUUGGAAUGAGUAAAACAAAUAAAAUAUGGUAUCUUUGCACGCCCUUAUUCGUUGCAACAGAGGGUGCUACUGAGAGUGAGAUAGCUUUAAAUUAAACGAAGAAAUAAAUAUCAGAACUAUUAUAAACAAACGGAGAAAGUGAUAUCAGAACUAUUAUGAAGAAUCUUUGAUGUAUUUUACAUGUUUUGGAUGGGGAUGUUAAAUAAUGACCUGUUUUUGACUAAUGCUGAAUGUUGGUUUUGAGACAAACACAACUACACUGUCACAAUAUGCAAAUUUUUCUUCGAUUCAAGGGGUCUAGGUGACAAUGGCACAUUGUGUAGUGCAGUAUUCGAUAUUACAACCACAUACUGUUUCAAUUUGCAGAAGAAAAUCAUGAUUCUAAUCUGUCUUACAAUUCUGGCGAUUAUAAUCACAUGUACCAUCGGAGGAUAUCUGGGCCUGGUGUAAAUUUGGUAAAAAGCCGCGAUACAAGAUCUCUGAUAAAUUCGGAGAGAAGCGAUAAAAAUGGUAGCAACAGUAACAACAGAGUGAGUUAUAACCCUGAAAACGUGUUUGUAAUAACCCUAGACAAAUCUCAAGGUGGUUUCGCUGUUAGUGAUUUCAUAAAUGUACCUGUAAAGAUACACAGGACCACAGAUCCUUGUAGCAUAUAG